AUGGAAGAGGUGACCUUUGCCUCCUGGGCCGUUCAGAGGAGAGACCCCAUGUCGGCCCAAAUCGUAGAGGGCACCGUGAAGGACUGGAACCAGUGGCAGGCGGAGUUCAGAGGUCAAAUCCGGGCUCUGCGACACUGGCUCAAGAACAUGGAGCGGCAGCUGCCCCCCGUGGGCCCUGGGCUGCAGAGCGAUAGCCAUUCCAGCUCAGACCAGGAGUCCAGCCUGGACAGGUGGAACGCAUUCAAAAAGAAGAGUGUGUGUGCCUUGGCCCCCAAAGAUGACACCGCCGAUUCCGAGACCUUCCAUCAGAGUCUGGAGACGCUCCUGGUGUGGGUGUCUGACAUAGAGGAGCUCAUAGCCAACCAGAGGCCUCUUUCUUCAGAGGUGAAGGUGGUUAAGGCACAGCUGCAGGAGCAGAAGCUCUUGCAGCGCCUCCUUGAGGACAGGAGGCCGAACGUGGAGUCGAUGUUGGCGGAGGGACCACGGCUUGCCGAGUUGUUCCAGGAGACCGUCAAGGAGCCGGCGACGAGCCGGAUAUCCAGCCUGCGGGUCAAAUGGGAGGCUUUGCUUCUUCACGCAGAGACCAGGCACGCCAGGCUGGAGCAGAUCCUGCCCAGGGCACAGCACUUUCAGGAGGCCAUGGACCGCUUCCAGCGCUGGCUCAUCGCCACGGAGCAGAGCCUGUCGGAGCUGCGUGCCGCCGAGAGGGGGAUGGGUCGCAUCCCGGAGGCUGCCGUGCGUGCAAAGGCUGCCGCUGAAGAAAUCCAGUCCAAAAGUGCUGAUCUGGAAGACGUCCGGCAGCGAGGCCACGAACUCAUGGAGAAGAUAUCAGGAGAGGAGUCUGAGUUGGUCCAGGAGAAGUCCGACAGCCUGAGGCUCAGGUACUCGGUGCUCAGCCUGAGCGGCGCCGACGUCCAGCAGAGGCUUGAACAGGCCCUGGAGGCCUCCCGCCGCUGCACCUCCAGCCAGGAGGAGCUGCACCUGUGGCUGGGCAGGAUCGAGCGAGAGCUGGUGGGGCUCGGCGGGCAGCCGCCAUCCGGCGACGGUGGGCUCUGCGGCGCCGAGAGGCUCAGGCUGGAGGAAGCCGUGCAGAAGGAGUUGUCCUGGUUUGAGGCCACAGCCCAGAGGCUGGAGGAGAUGAGCAGCAUCACCCUGGACCCCAAUGUCAUCUCAACGCAGCUCUACGACCAGAAGAUUCUCGCCGUGGAGAUUCUCCAGCACAGAUUUAACAUCGAGAAGAUGGUGAAGGUCUCGGAAAUUCUCCACGGUUACAGCGAGGAAGGAGAAGCCGAGCAGCUGCAGUCGAACCUGGACGUCCUGCAGGCGAAGUGCCAGGAGGUUUCGACCACCAGCUCUCAUGUGGUGCUGCAGCUGGAGCACGCUCAGUCCCUCCUGGCACAGUUUUCGGAGAGCUACGCCGAGGUGUCGCCGUGGUUACAGGAGACGCAGGCUCUCGUUGGCCAGCUGUCGCUGAGCACCGUCACUUACGAGGCCUUCCGGAAGCAGCAGGAGCUCCUACAGGGUCUCAGGGAGUCCAUCGCAGAACACAGGCCCCUGAUCUCGCGCCUCUGCUCUGUAAGUCGGCGGCUCGCCGAGCUGAGCCCCGUCCAGGGGGAGGAGUUUCGGCGCCGAGCCACGGAAGCUGAGGAAUGGCACUGCGCUGUGAGGGACAGGGUUCGAGAGGCUGCUGGGCUGCUGGAGGAGUCGCUGCCACGGUACACCCAGCUGAGCGAGAGGAUGGCCGUUCUCGGAGAGACCCUGGAGCGUCUGCGGAACCGGCUGCAGUCCACCGCUGCCCUGCACGGCCAGACCUCGCGCAUCCAGGAGCAGCUGCAGGAGAACCGGCUCGCUCUGGCCGAGCUGCACAAGCUGGAGCUGGACCUGGGGGGCAUCGGGGAGCAGGCGCAGGAGCUCCUGGGCAGCACGCAGCCCGCCGGCGCCGGCUCCCUCGGCGCAGCCAUACAGGAGCAGGUGGCACACUUGACACAGCAGCUGGGAGCGGCUCGCACCCAGGCUCAGGACCGGGAGAAGUGGCUACGCCACCUGCUGGAACUGGCGGCCAAGUUCUGGGGCGAGGUGAACGACCUGACGGUUUCGCUGAACGACAUGCAGCAGGCCGUCCUUGACCUGAACGGCAACGGCUCCGACCCGGAGGUGAUCCGACAGAACCUGGAGAGCAUGCAGACCCUUCGAGAGGAAAUCGAUAACCUGCAGGGUGACCUGGACGCCCUGGGCGUCCUGGGAAUGGACCUGAUGUCAGCGUGCGGUGACGUCGACAAACCAGAUGUGACCAAGAGUUUAGAUGAGCUUUACGGCACGUGGAACAAUCUGAGCAAGCUGUGGACGGAGUGCCAGCGGAAGAUGGAAGCCUCCCAGCAGAUGGCGCUGCAGUACCAGGACACCAUGCUGGGCCUCUUUGAAUGGCUGAAGUCUGCAGAGCUGAGGUCCACCGAGGAGUUUCUGGUGGAAACCGACCUGGAGGCUGUAAAGCAGCAGCUGUGUGACCUUAAGGCGUUCAAGCGGGAGCUGUACCAGAAGAAGAUCGAGAUGGAGAGCUUGAACCAUCGCUUCGUGUGUCGGCUGCCCCCGGGCUGCGAGAGGCCGGACUCCGAUUCGCCGCUGGAGGACUUCCGUCUGCGUUGGGAGGGCCUGGAAGGGGAGACAGUGAGCAGACAGCACCAGCUGGAGUGCGCUCUCCUGGGCCUGGGGCAGUUCCAGAACACCCUGGACGAGCUGCACACCUGGCUCUCGCACACGGCGGACCUCCUGCAGGGCUCCCGGCCACUCAGCAUCGACCUGCAGGUCUGCGAGAUUGAACUGGCCAAACACAAGGUUUUGCGCAAUGACGUGAUGUCACACGCGCGAACCGUCGAGUCCCUGAACCGGGCUGGCCGGGAGCUGCUGGAGGCGGGGUCUGGAGACAGUCCUCAUGGGCCGCAAGCCCAGCUGGAGCAGCUCAACGAGCGCUGGGAGUUUGUCCGCUGCGAGACAGAGAGGAGGCAGCUGGAGCUGGAGAACAACCUGAGUCAGGUCCAGGAUGUGAUGCUGGAGAUCCAGGACCUUCUGCAGUGGCUGGAGAGCACAGACCUGAGGCUCUCCUCAUCCCGGCUGGUGUGGGGCCUUCCUGAAACGGCCACUGAGAGACUCAGCGCCCACCUGGAGCUGUGCAAGGAGAUGGAGUCCAAGCAGCACAGCUACACCAACGUGAGGAGCACCAUCCACAGGUUGCUGGACAACCAGGACGUGGCCAGGGGCUCCAACACAGAGCACAGCCUGUGCAUCCUGGAGCAGAAGUGGGAGAGCGUCCACAGCAAAGUGCAGGACAGGAAGGUGAAGUUGACCGAGGGUCUGAGUCUGGCAAAGGAGUUCCACAGGACCAUUCAGGACCUUCUGACCAGGAUGGCCCAGAGCGAAGAGGCCAUCGGCACCCUGUCUGCUCCCAGCUACAUCCUGGACACGGUCUGUGCCCAGCUGCAGGACCACAGGGUGCUGGUGGGGGAGGUGCAGGCCUUUGCCGAGAAGGCGGCAGCUGUGGAGAGCACUGCCUCGCAACUCAAGGAGCACAGCAGGAAGGAAGACUCCAGCGUGGUCCAGAACCUUCUCACCACCGUGCAGGACCGCUACGAGAAGCUCCAGCAGCGCACCGCGGAGCGCGGCAAGGCGCUCGAGGAUGUAAAGAAGCACGCUAAACAGUUCAACGAGUCAUGGCGCCUCCUGCUGGACUGGAUGGUGGAGGUGGAGCAGACUCUGGACACGCAUAAGGAGGUCGGCGUGUCUCACGAGGAGAUCAAGCAGCAGCUCGCCGAGCAGAAAGAAUUCCAGAAAGUUCUGCGGCUGAAGCGGCCCAUGUACGAGGCCACCCUGAAGAACGGCCGCGCGCUCUAUGAGAAGUCCCAGAGCCCUGCGGACCGGCAGCAGCUGGAGGACCUCAUGGCCGAGCUCCGAGACUCAUGGGAUACGAUCAGCGGGAAGUCCAUGGAGAGGCAGCACAAACUGGAAGAGGCGCUGCUGUUUUCGGGCAGAUUCACAGAUGCCCUUCAGGCCCUGAUGGACUGGCUGUUCAGGGCGGAGCCACAGCUGGCUGAGGACACGCCUGUCGGCGGGGAAAAGGACCUGGUCAUGGACCUUAUCGACAAGCACAAGGUGUUCCAGAAGGAGCUGGGGAAGAGGGCCGCCUGCAUCAAGACGCUGAAGCGAUCCGUGAGGGACGUGACCAAGAGCAGCACGACCGACAGCCGCUGGCUGCUGGAGCAGAUGGAGGAGCUCGAGGGUCGCUGGGAGGCCGUGUGCCGGCUCUCCGUGUCCAAGCAGGCCCGGCUAGAGGACGCCCUCAGACAGGCCGAGCAGUUCGAUCACCUGGUCCACUCCUUCCUGGAGCGCCUCUCGGACAUGGAGAGGAAGCUGAAGUACGGGCCCGUUCCCGAGGAGGAGGAAGCCCUGCUGGCUUUCCACAAGCAGCACCAGGAGUCCAUGGACUUGCUGCAGGGCCAGGGGGCAGAGCUGCUCGCUAUCCGCUCCCUGGGGGAGGAGAUUCUGUCCGCCUGCCACCCGGACUCCGUCAUCACCGUCAAGUCCUGGAUCAGCGUCACCAAGACUCGCUUUGAAGAGGUGCAGGCGUGGGCCCAGCAGCAGGGGGAACGGGUCAGGGGCAGCCUGUCGGCGCUCGAGGCCGAGAAGGAGGAGGUGCAGAGGCUCCUCGACUGGAUCUCCUCGGCCGAGGAGUCUCUGGCCCUCAGGGAGCAGGAGACCCUUCCGGAGAGCAUGGAGGCCACAGAGGAGCUCAUCGCUCAGCACGCGGAGUUCAUGGAUGAGUUGAACCGGAAGCUUCCGGAGCUCGAAAGCGUCACCAAGUCGUGUAAAACGAAGCUGGCCCCAAAAGCGCACACCGUGUCGCCGUGCCGCAAAACGCCAACGAAGCGGAAGGGCACCCUGAAGCUGCAACCCCCUACGUCCCUGCCCCUGGAGGGCCUGGAGCCCCAGAGUCCCCUCCUGUGUCAACUGGUUGGCUGCUGGAAACAGCUGUGGGUGCAGGCGCUGGCCAGACAAAGCCGACUACAGGAACACCAGCAGAAACUGCGAGAGAUGGAGGAAUUUGCCAAGUUCGACUUUGGCCUCUGGCGGAAACGUUACACGCAGUGGAUCAGCCACCUGAAGUCUCGCAUCCUGGACGUCUUCCGAGGCAUCGACAAGGACCAAGACGGCCGCAUCAGUCAGAAGGACUUCAUCGAGAGCGUGUUGGCCUCCACAUUCCCCACCAACUCUUUAGAAAUGGCAGCUGUGGCCAACAUCUUCGACAUCAAUGGGGACGGCUACAUUGACUACUACGAGUUUGUGAGCACCCUCCAUCCCAACAGGGAUCCGUACCGAAGGACUCUGGAUGCCGACCAGAUCAACGAAGAGGUGAGUCGACAGGUGUCCCAGUGCAACUGCCCCAAACGCUUCCAGGUGGAGCAGAUCAGCGCCAACCGUUACAGGUUCGGUGACUCCCAGCAGCUGCGCAUGGUGCGCAUCCUGCGCAGCACCCUCAUGGUCCGAGUGGGCGGUGGCUGGACGGCGCUGGACGAGUUCCUGGUCAAGAACGAUCCGUGUCGAGUGAAGGGACGCACCAACCUGAAGAUCAAGGAGAAGUACCUGUCGUCCGGCACGUUCGGAACCUCCCGGAAGGGCAACGGCUCGUCCAAGCCGCUGGCCGUGAGCCGCUCCAACUCCAGCCUCAGUCUGUACAGCACAGCUUCAGCCCCGAGCAGCCCCCUGACCCGCAAGUCUGUCCUGAGGAGAAGCCUCUCUGGGGACAGGUGCCCCAGGCCAAGGAGCUCCAUUGCGGCCCUGGGGACAGAGUUGCAGUUCACCUCCCCCGGAGACAACAGCUCGCCAUCCCCGCAAGAAGAAGCCGAGCGGCCCCCCACAUGACCCCCCCCGGACCUCCGUGAGACACCCGGACACCAGGCCGGAUACGGCGCGUGGAGCUCAGUGGAGCGCAGGGGCCCGACACGGGUCACCUGGAGCCCCUGUACAGACUGACGACGGACAGGCCCAAGUCCCGCCUCUCCGCACACUACCGGCACGACUCAAAUCCCAACAGCGGGCCGUCCGCUGGGGGAGGCAGCUGUUUGUGCCUCUGUAACCUCCUACAGACCGCUGGUCUGGUCUGUGACUUUAGUUUGCGGGACCCCAGCAGCGUAUUGUCCGCGGAAGCGGACCGAUGUGUUGGAUUGUGCAGCAUGGAUGACGACGACGGCAUGAGUUAGAAAACGAAUAUAUCUGUAGAGGCCUGCACUUAUUGUCCAUUAUCCAUUGUAUAUUACCUUCUAACGGGUCCGUCGGCUCAGCCGCAUCGCCGCGGCAAGGGCACGAAAACCUCGUCCAGGUGUCGGCCCGGUGUUCAUGCAACGUUCCUGGAUCCGAAUGUUGAUGUUCACCUACCAGCCUUGACACCUGGCGUCCAGAAUUCUAAUCUCUCUCCAUAUUCUUUAUGUGUGCCUUCAAAGUAUUUCGCAUGUAUAACCUCCACCACCUUGAGCAUGGCGCAACGUCCCGAGAAUCUGCUUUUUUGUCGCUAAGCUGAGAACCGAAUGAGAACAAAUUACCAACGUUUUGGUUUUGUUUCGUUUUUAUAUCUAUAUCCUCCGGCUCUUGUGUAUUCUCAGCGAGAACUUGUGCUUGGGUGCAUAAGCUCGACACACUCAGAGUGUUUCUGUGCUGUAUUUGAGAGAAGGGAUGGACGCGAAUGCAGGAACGUGGAAGCGCCACAAUCCACCAUGUGCUCCGGCAGGCGACCACAGCGGGAUCUCCUGGCUGAGCGAUCAAUAUAAGUAGCAUAAAUAUCCAUUAUUACACACCAUGUUGAAAACCAAACGCGCGAAUCUUGUCAAUGUGUUUGUCUUCUCAGGAUGAGGCCUUCUGUUUCUGACAAGUCAGACUAUACAGUAGCUUCUCGAACCUCGGACACGCGUUGACGGCAUACGGGUUUUACUUCCGAUCCGGGUGGCGGCACGAAGCGCAAGGCUUCGCGAUCCGUCACGUGAACUUUAAACAGACAUCCGGUGUGGGACCUGCCGGAUUUCCCUUCGGCAUUGCUCCUGAGGCCGGUGCUCUGUUGUCUGUAUGACGCCACCGAGGUAAAAAAAAACCCAACAUCGCUACUGAGAAUUUACUCUUGACACCGCUGGGACUCAGAUUCCCCUUCUGAGCACUGAAUUCCUGGUGGGAGGAGAGAUGGGGCGAUGUGACGCGACUCUUUCUGUUCCAUGACCCUCUAUGCAUCUGGUAUUGCUGCAAAUGGGAAAGGAGAUGUUCCCUCAUCCAGCCCCCAGUCCUGAAUCUAACCCAGUGUAAAUGUAGAGGAAUGUAACUAAUUACUAUAUCAAUGUUACUGUAAAAU